AUGGCCGAAGGUGGUGAAGGGGAAGAUGAAAUUCAGUUCUUACGAACUGAUGAUGAGGUGGUGCUGCAGUGUGUCGCUGCCAUUGAGAAGGAGAAUCGCAAAUUCUGCCUUUCAGCAGAGGGACUUGGCAACCGCUUGUGCAAUCUAGAGCCCACAUCAGAGGCGAAGUAUUUUCCUCCUGACAUAUGCAUCUGUAACUUUGUACUGGAGCAAUUGCUCUCAGUGCGGGCUCUACAGGAGAUGCUGGCCGGGCAGAAUGGAGAAGGAAAGUUUAUAAAACGGGCAGCACAGGGGGGUGGACAUCGGACACUGCUCUACGGUCACGCCAUCCUCCUCAGGCAUUCUUUCAGUGGAAUGUAUCUGACUUGUCUGAAGACAUCCAGGUCUCUAACAGACAAGUUGUCUUUUGAUGUUGGCCUAGAAGAAAAUUCAACAGGGGAGGCUUGUUGGUGGACAAUUCACCCUGCAUCAAAACAGAGGUCAGAAGGUGAGAAGGUCCGCAUUGGAGAUGACCUAAUCUUGGUCAGUGUGUCCUCAGAGAGGUACCUGCACCUCUCCAUGUCCAAUGGAAGUAUUCAAGUGGAUGCUUCUUUCAUGCAGACACUGUGGAAUGUUCAGCCUACUUGCUCUAGAAGCAGUCUGGCAGUAGGAUUUUUGCUGGGUGGGCAUGUGAUGCGUUUGUUCCAUGGGCACGAUGAAAGUCUCACUAUUCCAGGAUCCGAUCAAAGUGAAGAGCAACAGAGAAUGGUGAAUUAUGAGGCUGGUAAAGGUGGGUCCAAGGCCAGGUCUUUGUGGAGACUGGAGCCUCUUCGGAUAAGCUGGAGCGGGAGCCACAUUAGAUGGGGACAGCCCUUCCGUCUGCGCCAUCUCUCCACCGGUCAUUAUCUGGGCCAGACAGAGGACAAUGGCCUGAUACUGCUGGACAGAGAGAAUUCUGACACCACUGCAACUGCCUUCUGUUUCAAGUCAAGCAAGGUUUGA